GAUUGGUCAAGUCCAUUGCGAGAUUUAAUGCUCAAUUUCAGUUAGGCCGGUUUGUUAUUGUUAUGUAAAAAUGGCUGCUGGACCCAUUGCCGAAAGAAAUCAAGAUGCAACAAUUUAUGUUGGUGGUCUGGAUGAAAAAGUCAGUGAAACAAUCCUUUGGGAACUAUUUGUUCAAGCAGGUCCAGUGGUUAAUGUUCAUAUGCCAAAGGACCGUGUAACUGGGCAACACCAAGGAUAUGGAUUUGUAGAAUUUUUAGGAGAAGAUGAUGCAGAUUAUGCUAUCAAAAUUAUGAAUAUGAUAAAAUUAUAUGGGAAACCUAUUAGAGUAAAUAAGGCUUCUGCUCAUCAAAAGAAUUUGGAUGUUGGUGCUAAUAUAUUUAUUGGCAACUUAGAUCCUGAAGUGGAUGAGAAACUGCUGUAUGACACUUUCAGUGCUUUUGGUGUGAUUUUACAGACACCUAAGAUCAUGAGAGACCCUGAAACUGGUAAUUCUAAAGGUUAUGCAUUUAUCAAUUUUGCAAGCUUUGAAGCAUCUGAUGCUGCAAUUGAAGCAAUGAAUGGACAGUACUUAUGUAACAGACCUAUCACUAUAUCAUAUGCUUUCAAGAAGGAAUCUAAAGGAGAAAGGCAUGGUUCAGCUGCUGAGCGAUUAUUGGCUGCUCAGAAUCCUUUGUCUCAUGCCGAUCGUCCUCAUCAGCUCUUUGCAGAUGCACCUCCAACAGCUGGUGGUCCCAUGCCAGUUCCAACACAUUCUGUCCCUCCACCUCCUCUGCCACCACCACCUCCAAUGAAUGUAUCUAUGUCAAAUCAAGUAACUACGUCAUCAGCUACAUCAUUGCCACCUCCACCUCCUUUGCCUCCAAGUUCAUUACCACCUCCACCUCCUAUGAUAAGACCACCCAUGCCUCCACCUCCUCCAUCGGCACCACCUCCACCACCAGCAACUCAUAUGCCUCCACCUCCUCCACCAGCAUCAUCAUUUGGAGGAAUGCCACCUCCUCCUCCAUUACCACCUUCAUCUACUGCUACUUCCCAGAUUCCAGUGCCUCCUCCAAGUUCGGAUGCUCCACCACCACCUCCUAAAGCCAGUGAUCAGCCCCCUCUGCCUCCUCCACCACCACCAAUGGGAAUGCCACCUGGCAUGCCUCCAUUUCACAGUCAAGGUGUUCCUCCACCUCCUCCUCCUCUUCAUGGCAUGAGACCUCCAAUUCCAGGACUUUUUCCUCCUCGACAACCAUAUGGCCCUCCACCAUUUCCUCCACGAUCAACAGCCAUGCCACCAGCACCUCCUCCUCCUGGACCAAUGCCCCCUCCUCCUCCCAGAGAAAUGCGGCCACCUAUGCCCCCGAUGCCCCCACCUCCACCACCAAGCUCGGCUCCAUGAGUAUUUCAAAGAUGUUGAAACUCAAGACUGUAAAAUAUUCUUUCUAUGUGUAUCCUAAUGUGUGGGAUUAUUAUAAAGCUUUAUAUGAUGUAUAGUUUGUUAAAUAAACAUCUUUAUACAUAAA